GAUCCGGAAGAAGACGCGGCCUGUGUAGCGGCCUUGGAAGCCGCUGAACAAGAACAAUUAUCGCACCCUCUUGAAUUUGAACUCAAACCGCACGUGGAUCGCAGAGUGCGUAAAUUUGGCCUGCACCGUCGUGUGUUUACCACUCACCUUGUCCAACAUGGUGGAGCCCUCCGCCCGGAAUUGUUGCCGCGUGAUCAACUUCCUCGGUUAUUGGAUCAAGCCUUGCAGAGAGCCAUUCAACGCCAAGUCCUGGACCAACCGGGGGUCCACGACAAUGAUCACUUAAUGAUUAACAUGAGCAGCAACAGACUUCGCCACGCCUUCCAGUCCUCCCGCGUGCGUGUCCGCGAUUGGCGUCAACGGACGGAACCGGCCCAAACCUUGCUGCAGCAAAUGAGCAACAUCCUCAAUUCUAAUGAACAAUUUAGAAUAGACGAUAGUUUCCACGUGGAAGUCAGUCACAUAAAAGACUCGGGGGUCGGUUCGGGGAGCCGAGGGAAACGGCCUGGCACCCAGCCCAUUGAACAGUUCUUACAGAACAAAAAGUCCGUUGUGCGCAUUCAAAAUCUGGACGAACUGUGUUGUGCCAGAGCGUUAGUUACCGCCAAAGCGUAUCGAGACUGGGGUAGCCGUGAUUCUCACUACAAGAACCUUACACGAGGAGGAGCCUUUCAAAAAGAGUUGGCCCGUCAAUUGCACCGGCGAGCCCGUGUACCCGAAGGCCCUUGCGGCCUAGGAGAACUGAACUUGUUUCAAAUUGUGUUAGCCGAGUACCAGAUCGUGGUCGUCUCCGCCGAUCACGGCUACCAGAUCAUCUUCAAAGGCCCUCGCCAACCCGACCACAAAUUGCUGUGCCUUAUCAAGGUAGGAGAACAUUACCACACUUGCCAUUCGCUGUCAGGAUUUUUUGGAAAAGGCUAUUAUUGUUUGGAAUGUGAAAAAUCCUUUAACAAUAACGAUUUACAACACCACCGAUGCCCUGGCCGGAAAUGUGCCUGCUGCCACCAAACCCACUGCGUUGACUUUGCCGCUGCCCGAGGAGCCGCCACUCUCCCGUGCAAAGAGUGCCAUCGCUUCUUCUUUGGAGCCGACUGCCUCCUCAACCAUCAGACCCAUACCAGUGCGGACCCUGUGGCGUCCACCCCCCAAAUGACCGUCUGCAGUACUCACAAGCGUUGCCCCGACUGUCAGAUGUUGUGCCAUGGCCUCCAGAGCGUCCAAAGACACAAAUGCGGGUACGGCAAAUGCCCGUCGUGUAAAGAAUGGGUGCCCACAGACACUCAUCGAUGUUACAUCCAGCCGAUCGUAGAGCAGGCACGCCCCAUGGGUCUACGCAGCCAUCGUGGAGCCGCCGCAGGAUUGGCGACCCUGCAAGCCAAUAGGAGUCCUGAUGAUGAAGCGGAGGAUCAGACUACAGACGUCUUGCCGCACCCCUUGUUUGUUUACUUUGACAUUGAAGCUCGCCAAGACACGGGCGAACACGUGGCCAAUUUACUUUGUGCGGAAACCAGUGAAAGCGAGGAACAGUUCACCUUUGCGGGAGACUCCUGUAUCGAGGCCUUCUUAGACUGGGCCCAAUCCUUGACGCGGACCCAUAACCCCCACAUAAAAAGAAAAGUGAUAUGUAUUGCACACAACCUCAAGGGGUAUGACUCCUACUUUAUUUUGGAACAUUGCUACGCUCAUUUUCUCAAGCCUGAGCAACUGGUCAAUGGUGCCAAGAUUCUGUCCCUGUCCUUUAUGGGACUCAAGUUCCUCGACAGCAUGUCCUUCUUGCCGAUGGCCCUCUCGCAGUUCCCCAAGGCUUUUGGUUUACAAGAACUGAAAAAGGGGUUUUUUCCCCACUUCUUCAACACCAAGGAUCAUGAACAGUACGUAGGCCCAAUACCCGCCCAAGAUUAUUUUGAUCCGCAAGGAAUGUCGCCCUCCAGAAAAACAGAAUUUGAGGAAUGGCAUGCCGCCCGAGUCGCCGAAAACUAUGAGUUUCAUUUUCAAGACGAACUGUUGGCUUAUUGCCAAUCCGACGUCCGACUUCUCAAGGAAGGUUGUCAAAAAUUUCAAUCAGAGUUCUGGGAGCUGGCGGGGUUCAACCCGUUUGAACAUUGCAUCACGAUCGCCAGUGCAUGCAAUCGUUUUUUUCGCAAACAUUGUUUGACACCUCAGACCAUUGCCUCGGAACCUGUGCGGGGAUGGCACGGCAAAGGCAAACUACAUUCCCGCGCCACCACGGAAUGGCUGUAUUGGCAAGAACAUAAGGAGCGCGAAGCUCGACAUCAAGCGAUCACCCCAGAAGAAUGGGAACAGCACGACCUCAUGGCUCAAGCCUAUCCCAAUUAUCCGCAUCCGUUCAUGGAGCCGGACCAAAUACGGCAUGCCGAGAAUGAUGGCGAACAGACCCUCCUGAUUCAGCAACGCCCGAUCCACAUCGACGGGUACAACCCACAGACUCGUACCGUGUAUGAGUUCCACAGCUGCUUCUUCCACGGGUGCCCGCAUUGUUUUCCCAAUCGUCGCACUCCAAUCUGUGCCCAUGAUGGCAAAACGAUGCAUGACCUGUACCAACACACCCUGGCGCGGGACCGAGCUAUCCAGCAAGAUGGCUACAAUCUAGUAACCCAAUGGGAGUGCGAGUGGAAACGUCUCAAGGCCGGCCGCGAGGAUAUCCAAGGGUUCGUGGACGGUUUGGGGCUCGUAGACCGCCUAGAACCUCGAGACGCGUUCUACGGAGGACGCACCGAAGCCGUGACCCUGUACGCCACCGCCGAACCAGACCAAGGCGAAUCCAUUCAAUACUUGGACUUUACCUCCUUGUACCCCUGGGUCAAUAAAAAUUGCACGUACCCAGUGGGCCAUCCAGUCAUCCUGACAGAACUUGGUUCCACCGACUUGUCGUCCUACUUUGGUUUGGCCAAAGUCACCGUGCUGCCGCCUUAUGGGUUGUACUUGCCCGUGCUGCCCUACAGAGCCCAAGGAAAACUGUUAUUUCCCCUGUGUCGUUCCUGCGUCGAAGCCGAAUUGGCCAAACCGCUCUUAGAAAGGAGUCAUGACUGCCCUCACGCGGACAGAGAUCGCACUCUGACUGGCACGUGGACCACCGUAGAAUUGGAAGAAGCCAUAGCCCAAGGCUACGACAUUGUUAAAGUGCAUGAGAUCUGGCAUUUUCCACAGACCUCCACCCAAUUGUUCACCCAAUACAUCAACACCUUCUUGAAGAUCAACAGGAAGCCGAUGGAUGGCCAGCCGACGUAGGUACAGAUGAAUUAAAACGACAGGACUACAUAGCAGCCUACCAGCAACACGAAGGGGUCCAGCUGAACUACGCGCAGAUCGAGAAGAACCCCGCGAAACGAGCCUUGGCGAAAUUGAUGCUCAAUAGUUUUUGGGGCAAAUUUGGCCAGGCCAGCAACAAAUCGCAAGUGGAAAGCAUUUCAAGUCCAAGCAAGUUUCACCGGCUCUUCAACCAAGAUGACACCCACAUCCACGCCAUCCGUGUGGUCAACGAAGAGAUGUUGGAAAUCGUCUAUAAUAAGAUUGCGGAAGCCGCACCCAUCCAGCCUCACAUCAACAUUUUUAUCGCCGCCUUCACCACCGCCCACGCCCGUCUGCAUUUGUAUCGUCAAGCCCUGUUCCUGUUACAGCCCCAGCAAGUCUUGUAUAUGGACACCGAUUCCAUCAUUUACAAACAUGCUCCAGGGCAACCUCAACUGUCCACCGGCGCGUACCUGGGACAGUUCAAAAAUGAAUUGGACACGGGAGAUACCAUUAUUGAAUUUGCCACGGCUGGGCCGAAAAAUUACGGCUACGUCACUCGUCAAGGCAAAGUCGAGUGCAAAGUCCGAGGCUUUUCUCUGAAUGCUCGCGGUCAAGAGCAACUGAACUUUGACAUUUUAAAACGCAAUGUCAUGGACGAACUUCAGCAUCCUCAAGCCCAGGCUAGAUCUAUUCCGAUCUUUAACCCCCAUAAGAUCGUGCGCGAUGAAACAACCAAGCGACUCGAAACGAGAACCGAAAUCAAGCGCUAUCAGUUGGUGGCGAGCAAACGCGUGGUGGACCCUGACGACUUUCACACGUACCCCUAUGGCUUCACC